CCAUAACUGGACAGUUUUAGCCCUUAUAUAAUUUUAUUAUUUUGUUAUUCACAGACUGAACCCCAAUAAUCUCAUCUAGAAUAUUCCGUCGCCCCAUCUUCAUUACAGUCAGUUUCGCGCUUUCCACGAUAUUGUCCCACUUCACCAGCCGUAGUUCUCCAUCCCGGAAGUGAGGACGGCCGUGUCGUCUAGGAUUGUGGUCAUUGUAGUUCCGCUUCCUCCGCUUUACUUGUCUGUGCUGUGACUGCAGAACUACAGGCGCCAUGUUUUCCCAUGAUCCUCCGCGCUGCCCGAGCAGCCUGCUCUGGAAACAUGGCGGCGCCGUUGGUCCUGGUGUUGCUGGUGGCGGUUACCGUCAGGGCCGUGCUGUUCCGCUCCGGUCUGGCCGCCUUCAUCUCCGAGCGGGUGGAGGUCGUGUCUCCGCUCAACUCCUGGAAGAGAGUUGUAGAAGGAAUGGCCCUCUUGGACCUGGAUGUUUCGCCGUACUCAGGAGACGUCUUCCAUGAAACGCCGCUUAUUGUUUAUCUUUUCCAUUUCCUGGUGGAUUACUCAGAGAUCGUCUUUAUGAUUACGGAUGCACUUACCGCCGUUGCACUUUAUUUGGCAGCCCAAGAAUAUAACAAAGUGUUGUUCAAACAGCAGAAACUUUACCUCCAGCUGAACAAGUACUCCGCUGGAGCUCAAGAACUUCUCAGGACGCCGACAGAAAUGUACUACAUCCCCCUGAAGGUGGCGCUCUUCUACUUGCUGAACCCCUAUACCGUUCUUUCCUGUGUGGCCAAAUCUACCUGCGCCAUCAAUAAUGCCAUCAUCGCUUUAUUUAUAUUGGCUACAGUGAAAGGUAGCCCACUCCUCAGUGCAGUGUUCCUGUCAUUAGCCACCUACCAGUCUCUGUACCCCAUUACCUUGUUCCCUGCAGCUCUCUUAUAUCUUCUCCAGAGAGAGUUUAUCCCUGUGAAGAUAUCCAGUCCUAGCUUCUGGCUCCUGACCUGUCAGUAUUCCUCUCUCUACCUGGGCAGCCUGACCAUCCUGAUUUGCCAUUCCUUCUUCUUGCUGAACUCCUGGGAUUUCAUACACUCGGUUUACGGCUUUAUACUUUCGGUUCCUGACUUGACUCCCAACAUCGGCCUGUUCUGGUACUUCUUUGCAGAGAUGUUCGCGCACUUCAGCCUGUUCUUCGUCUGUGUUUUUCAGAUCAAUGUCUUCUUCUACUCUGUGCCACUGUCCAUCAAGUUAAAAGACCACCCAGUGUUCCUGAUGUUCAUACAGAUUGCUAUUAUCUGCAUCUUCAAAUCUUACCCCACUGUGGGGGACGUGGCUCUCUACAUGGCUCUCCUCCCCAUGUGGUCCCAUCUGUCAAGGUUUUUGCGUAACAUCUUCAUCGUCUCCUGCAUGCUGGUGGUAUGUUCACUACUCUUUCCAGUCCUUUGGCAUUUGUGGAUAUAUGCGGGUAGUGCCAACUCAAAUUUCUUCUACGCCAUCACGCUCUCAUUUAACGUGGCACAGAUUCUGCUGGUGGCCGACUAUUUCUACGCCUUCUUACGGAGAGAGUACCAUCUACACCACGGCCUUUAUCUAACCAAGAAAGAUGGAACCGAAGCCACCUUAAUCUUGAAGUAAAAGCAACUCUGGGCACAUGAAGGUUUGUUUACACAGUGGGAUGGGGCGAGAUGGCGCAGUGCCCACGUGUGGAACAGAGCGGCUCUGUCCAGCCACAUCCCAAAGGACAAACAGGGAUUGCGUAUUAAUAAUUUUUUUUACAGUCCAGUGAUUUUUUUGACAAGGUUAAAUCGGCAUGGAAAAUUACCGUAUCCCCCAAACAAACAUGCUGCUGUGAAGAUCUCUGCUAUGCAUCAAGCAUUGUCGCGAACAGACCAUGGGCGUCAUUGAUUAUGGUCAGAAAGUCAACUGAAGGCGACCGUUGUCUUCUUGGUUUCGAGCGUCGGUGUGUGAAACGGUCCCAGUGGCCAAGGGCAGAGAUGAGGCCUCAAUAUAAUGCGCUGUGUUUGGAUGGAAGGUGAACAUUGGAUCAGAUAUGGAUGUGCACAGCGCUGUGGUCUACGAGUCCGUCUCCUGCAGGGUUUUUUUUUUCUUCCUUUUAACCCACUCACUUCCUUAACCUUGCUUUUAUUUUAUAACCAUAAACCGUACUUUUUUCAAUGCGUUAUUCACCACGUGUACAAGCAAUACAUGGCCAGAGCCUGCCGCUCAGCUCAGGGUGCCAGAUACAUGCGUGAUACGUCCCUUACCUUUAUCACCAAAUAUCGGUUGGGCGCGGUGCGUUUGCGUUGUUGUGUGGAGAAGCCAAUAGUCAGAUUUAUGGUUCACUUCCAUUAUGGCUAUUAGAGGAGUUCUCAUGGAAUGUGACGCAGAUGAGACCUAUGGGACCCCCUGCUUAUCAACACUGUGAAGGAAACGCGGGGUCCCUGAGGGUCAUCGUUGUUAAAGUCCUGGAGAACCCCCUCUAAAUCAUGACAGUCUGGGCUGUAACACAGCAGGGUUUCCAAGCGGAAUCCAGUGUAGAAAUUCCAUUGCAGCGGCCUCCCAUUGUUUUCCUUGGGAUUCUGCUGCACUGUUCACACUGCAGACCUUCUGUGGCGGAAAAACCUGCUGGAGAGAUUUGUUUAUUUUUCCAGCAGAAUCCGCUUGGACAGGUAUUGCCUGCAAUGUCAGCGCUUGCCACACACGGGUUGUCCUUGCGGAUAUUCUGCUUUCUGAGUAAGCCUAUCCAUGUUACUGGUUAUGUGACAUCACUGUGAACUCUCUAGGAUGGUGUAAAUUUAAUGGUGUUGUCGUCUAUGCACAGGAUAUCCAGGAUAAGUGAUAACUAGCUCAUCAUUAGGGGCCAGAAUGCUGGGACCUGCAGAAUUUUAUUAAAGGGGUACUCCGCUGCCAGACAUCUUAUCCCCUAUCCAAAAGAUAGAGGAUAAGAUGUCUGAUCGCGGGGGUCCUGCAUCUCCUAAACAAAUGCUGGAUUCCUGCAGCAGUUUGUCACGCCAUGCCCCCUCCAUUCAUGUCUAUGGGAGGGGGCGUGUUGUCCGACACGCCCCCUCCCUUAGACAUGAAUGGAGGGGGCGUGGCGUGAUGUCACAAUCACAGGCUCUCAGCUUUCUGAACAAAAUGUUCUGAUCACUGGAGCACCGAAGUAUCCCUUUAAGGGUCGAGUCACACAGAGCAUGAAAUACGCUGCGGAUGCACCAACUGCAGUUACAAAAGAGUGCUCCCGGUUGGGUAGCUCUGUGUGUCUGCUCUUAGUGGCGGAUUUCCCCCUGCGCAUCUGCUUUGAGCAGGCACUGUGUCUACAGCGGGAAAUCCAUGGCUACGAAUGGACACACGGCUACCUGGCCGCAGCAGGGAGCUCACUCUUGUGACUGCCGUCGGCGCUCCGGAUGUUCUCCAUGUGACCCUACUCUAAAACAAGAAAUGCCUAUACUCUCCCUUCCUCGCUCCCCUGCUUGCUAUUAGAGAGAGAGAGAGAUAUAUGAGAGAGAGAUAUAAAUAUAGUGAUCCCCCUAGAAUACCCCUUUAGGGUAUGUUCACAUGAUUGAGAUCGAUUUGAUUUACACUACUAUUAGCUUUAAAGGAGUACUCCAGGAUUGGAAAACUUUGAGUCCGACCACUGGGACUCCGCGAUUUCCCGUACGGGGCCCCGGCAGUUCGCGGGAUGGGGGCGUCGCCUGACACGCCCUCUCAAUACAACUCUAUGGGAGAGUCGGAGCACUGCCUUCAGUAAUCUCCGCCUCUGCCGCAGUGCUGUAUUGAGGGGGCGUGUCGGCCGUUGCAUCGUGCGGUGGCCAGAGAUUUGGACACCGUGCGGGAGAUCGCGGGGUUCCCAGCGGUCGGACCCCCCUGCGAUCUAAAACUUAUCCCCUAUCCCUUUCCAAUACUGGAGUGCUCCUAUAAUGGAUCCUCUGAAAUUCUUCAAUAGAGGCAGAUUGCUGGCAGACCUGUUAAAGUGAAUGGUAGUGUAACCCUUGAUUUCCCACUGCCAGUUACGCUUUUGCCAACGUACCCUAAAAAUGUGACUGAUUUUUAAAUUAACAUCCUCCAUGUUACUAAACUUUCCAGUUCAGUCGUAUAGAAAUCACCAUUCACAGCAAUGUCCGCGCGUACACACAAGCGAGUGUAGAUGUAGAUGUUGAUGCGGGGGGUGAUUUGGCGAUUUGGCACCAUAGGUCUCGAUGACUACACCGAGGCAACACGUAACCGCGAGCGCUGAUAAUUCUCUGCGUAUAUAUGGCCAGUUAGGAAUCAGCUCAUCCAAAUUCUACCAUGUUCACAAUGGCUUCUAUGUUUGUUUUAGUAGGUGACGGGGACGAUCAAUCACAAAAUAGUAAUGCGCAAAUUUAUUUUUCAGUCCAUAAUUGUUUUGUUGUUGGCGAGCUUAACCCCGUAGAAAGUGGUACGAACCCAGUUAUAGGUCUCCCUCACAUAUGAUGUGAAAUACUGGGACAGGGUUUGGAAGCCUUGAUCCUGGAUUCUCCAGUUACUAUGGGGUUAAGCUGAAGCCUUUGCACUGGACAUCGCCCCUUUUGCCUCCUAUGGUACGUUCACAUUUGCGUAUUUUGCUACCAAUGUUCUGCUGCAGAUUUUAUGAUUCACAUAGAGCUUUGUAUGCCUCCAGCUGAAGCAAAACUACAUCUCCCAGAAUCGAGAGCUCUGUUCACAUGACGCAUAAAAAAAGGCAACACUACCGUGGUAUUCUGUGACUAGCUCCAUACCCAUAUAGGAUGAUGGAAGUUUUUUAGCUUCUGGUAUUUGUACAAUUCUGUUCACACUCUCCAUAUGGUUGGACAGUGUUGAAAAACUACAUUUCCCAGCAUGUCCGGACAGCCUUAGACUGCCUUGAUUCGCCUUUCAGGGACAGUUUGGAUCCUUUGGAGAAGGCAGACAGGCUUUUGGCUCUCUGGCUAUGCUGGAAGUUGUGGUUUUUCAACAGCUGGAGGCACACUGGUUAAGAAACCCUGACUUUAGGGUAGGUGCACACUACGGAAUAUCCACCCCAGACAAAUUCAGAUUGGUGAUGCCCUCUGCAGCAGCCAGCGAUGGCACUUGGGUUGUGCAGAUCUGCACCAUGCCCACUGCUGGCAAUGCAGUCUGUGUGACAUUCCUCAACGGAGUGAACCGGUUUAUUAUUUCUGCAUAGUCCAAGUGGAAGUCAGCUGACCUUGGCGUGGUGCACUGCCGGCUCCUAUGAAAUGCACAAGAAGAUUACACCGCCAGCACCUCACAUAAACAUAAAAACUACUGUCAUUGUGGAUCCUUAAAAAUGUGCAAGAAAUAGUCAAACUUAGAGGGGGUACUCUGCUGCCAGACAUCUUAUCCACUGUCCAAAGGAUAGCGAAUAAGAUGUCUGAUCACGGGGGUUCUGCCACUGGGACCCACCGUGAUCUCUGCUGUGGCACCCCAGUCAUCCAGUGCACGGAGCGAUGACUAGCGAUGCAACGCUGGAGGCUUGUGAUGUCAUGGCCACAUCCCUCCUUUCAAUGCAAGUCUAGGACAGGGAGCCCGACCGGUAUUGCGGUAUAGAGAAGAAUUCAUAUUGUACAGAAAAAACACACCGAUAUUUGGUAUGAACCGGUAUACCGCCCAGCACUACCCUUUAAGGGAGUAUCUUGGGGAACUCUCAAACGCAUUUCGAGUCUUGCAACUCUUAAUCAUAAUUUCAGAGUUACUAUUAAAAGGGGGUACUCUGGGGGGGAAACUUUUUCUUAUUUUAUUUUUUUUAAAUCAACUGGUGCCAGAAAGUUAAACAGAUUUGUAAAUUACUUUGAUUAAAAAAAUCUUAAUCCGUCCAGUACUUAUU